AUGCCACACUUUGGCCUUCCCUCUUCUUCCCCCAUUCAUCCCCGUUAUUCUGCCUUUGUGCCUACAAGAUUCGCCCUCGCUCCAUCUCAGCUCUCCCUCACAUCACCCGCCAUCAUGAGUGAACAACGCCAGCAGGGAACCAUCAAGUGGUUCAACGACGAGAAGGGAUACGGCUUCGUGACCCCCGACGAGGGUGCCGAUCUGUUUGUUCAUUUCAGGGCCAUCGAGGGAACCGGCUUCCGAUCCCUCAAGGAGGGGCAGAGGGUCACUUUCGAAGUCGUGCAGGGACAGAAGGGUCUCCAGGCCGACAAGGUGCGCGUUGAGGAAUAA